CCUAAAAUGGCAAGCACAACGCUGCUCCAGCCCGCGCUUGGUCUGCCCUCGCGGGUAGGGCCUCGCUCCCCUCUGUCGCUUCCCAAAAUUCCUCGCGUGUGCACGCACACUAGUGCUCCCUCUACCUCAAAGUACUGCGACUCAUCAUCAGUUAUAGAGAGCACGCUAGGGCGGCAAACAUCGGUUGCCGGGAGACCAUGGCUUGCACCCCGGCCUGCGCCUCAACAAAGCCGAGGCGACCUACUGGUCUCCAAAUCGGGGGCAGCAGGAGGCAUGGGCGCCCAUGGAGGGGGCUUAGGGGAACCGGUCGAUAAUUGGAUCAAGAAGCUACUCGUUGGUGUCGCGGCGGCGUACAUCGGCUUGGUCGUGCUGGUGCCCUUCCUGAAUGUCUUCGUCCAGGCGUUCGCCAAGGGCAUCAUUCCCUUCCUGGAGCACUGCGCGGACCCGGACUUUCUGCACGCACUCAAGAUGACGCUGAUGCUGGCGUUCGUGACGGUGCCGCUCAACACGGUGUUUGGCACGGUGGCCGCGAUCAACCUCACGCGCAACGAGUUCCCCGGCAAGGUGUUCCUGAUGUCGCUGCUGGACCUGCCCUUCUCCAUCUCGCCCGUGGUGACUGGCCUGAUGCUCACGCUGCUGUACGGCCGCACCGGCUGGUUCGCGGCGCUGCUGCGGGAGACCGGCAUCAACGUGGUGUUCGCAUUCACGGGCAUGGCCCUGGCCACCAUGUUUGUGACGCUGCCGUUCGUGGUGCGCGAGCUGAUCCCCAUCCUGGAGAACAUGGACCUGUCGCAGGAGGAGGCGGCGAGAACGCUGGGGGCCAACGACUGGCAGGUGUUCUGGAACGUGACGCUGCCCAACAUCCGCUGGGGCCUGCUGUACGGCGUGAUCCUGUGCAACGCCCGAGCCAUGGGCGAGUUCGGAGCCGUGUCCGUCAUCUCGGGCAACAUCAUCGGCCGCACGCAGACGCUGACGCUGUUCGUCGAGUCCGCCUACAAGGAGUACAACACGGAGGCGGCGUUCGCGGCGGCUGUGCUGCUGAGCGCGCUGGCGCUGGGCACCCUGUGGAUCAAGGACAAGGUGGAGGAGGCGGCGGCGGCGGAGAGCCGCAAGUAGAGAGGAGCAGGCGGCGUCGGCAGCGGCGGCAGUGGCAGCGGCAGCGGCGGAGAGCGGCAGCUGGAGAGGAGCAGGCGGUGGCGGCGGAGCGGCGGAAAUAGAGAGGUGCAGCAAGGAGGCAGGCGCCGACGCGAGGGGAGGGCGUGGUGGUGGGCUUGCGUGGGUGCUUGGUCCGUGGCCAGGGUGCCUGGCCUGGGUAGUUGGUGUGUGGGUGAAGCUGAUUCCUGUUUGGGUGAGGCGGCCGAGUUCCUGAAGGAAGCAAGGAAGGACAGUGCCGCAGUGACCAGCGGGUAAUGGUAAGGGAGCUGACACGUGUGGCGUUCUGUUGCUGGUCGCCGCAUGCUUAACGCAGCGGGAGCAGCUUCUCUGUCUGAUGUCUAACGGGGGCGUUGUAUGCUGAUAAUAGACGGAGGGCGAAGGGAGCAGGCGCGGUUCAGAUGGGGUAAAAGCUGUUGGAAAUCAACACGUGCAGCGGGUGGGUUGCAUUUGUGAUCACUGGACGUUCUGAGUGGUCCGUGCGCCUAUAGCGCGUGCUGUGCAUAUAUACGCGCGCCGGCGCAUAAAACAUGACUGCAUGUGUCGGUGUUGACGGUACAGUUAUGCCGUGCCCCGUUUUACAAGCGGGAUAGAGGCACACUCCACGUAGUAUGCAUUGAGCCCAGUAGACUCUGGUCAGAAGGCCGGUAAAUUUACAUGUGUCGUGGUGAACCCUGUAAGUCAUGGCCCAA